AGUCAACAUAGAAACGCAGAGAAUCCGUCACCUGGUCCAUCUCGCGAUCGAAAAGUCGAUUCAGGAAUCAGUCAGGCAGUCAUCCGAAAAUCCGGCAUCGAUCAUCGGUCAGAAGGUCGAAAGAUCCAAACAAUCGUUCGGCGGUCGAAGAUCCAUCAAAGAUCAUCAUCAUCGAAAGCAUCGAAAGCAUCCAGAAAUCGCGAAAUCCGAAAGAUCGGCGUCGGCAUCAGAGAUCCGAAAAAGUUCAGGAUCUCGAGAUCCGAAAAUCCAGAAUCCGGCAUCCGGCAUCAAACAUCAGCGCUUUAUCGCAUCAUCAAAGAUCAAAAGCAUCGGCGUCAGCGUCAUCAGAAAUCAGACUCAUCCAGAAGUCGUCGAGAUCAAAAUCCGUCGCGUCGGCAUCAAAAUCGGCACGAUCCAAUCGAAAAUCCGCGUCAGAUCGUCGAAUCGGCAUUCAUCGAAAUCGAUCAACAAAGUCAUCCAGCGCGAUCAAUCGAAAAUCGAGAAACAUCAUCGAUCCUCGCGUCAAUCAAAUUCAAUCACUUCGAUCCGGCGCUUGAUCGGCGUCGACGUUAUCGGCGGCAUCCGUCGAGAUCCGUCAGCGAAAUCGUCGCGAUCAUCGAUCGUCAUCAGGACAUCGUCGAGAAUCGGAUACAGACAUCCGAGAUCAGCAUCAAGCUCGCGUCAGAAUCAAUCGUUCGGUAUCGCAAAGAUCCGGAAUCAAAGUCAAAGAUUCGAGAAAUGAAAGUCGAGAUCAGUAAAUCGUCGCUGCUUCGUCCACGAUCGGAUCGAAAUAAAGCAUCAAGAUUAUCGGAAGUCAAUCAAGACUCGAAAGAACAAUCGGAGGAUCUGUCAGAAUCAAGGUUAAAGUCGGAUCAAAGUCAAAUCAGACAAUCAAGCAAUCAACGUCCAAAGUGGAGAUCAAAGAAUCUCGGAAAUGUCAGAAUAUCGAAAAACUCGGAGUCGAUGUCGGAUCGAGAUCGAGGAAAGGCAUGA